AUGGCAUCAAGCCAUCGUUUUACGAAGCUUCAGCACAUUUUCUCAAUCUUCUUAUCGUUUUCAUGCAUUGCAUACUCUCAAAACGACGAUGAAACUAAAUUUGACGUCCUGGAUUAUGUCGACCCGCUUAUCGGAACCGCCAAUGGAGGACAUUCUUUUGCCGGAGCCACGCUUCCAUUUGGUAUGGCCAAAGCCGUAGCCGACACCCUAGGAGAGAACCAAGGUGGUUUUGCAUACGACACAACAAAGGUCACCGGGUUCUCUCAUAUGCAUGACUCUGGAACUGGAGGCGCAGCUUCCUUAGGCAACUUUCCCAUUUUCGUUCAUCCCAGUUGCCCGGAAAAUGAUUUGAGCAAAUGCAAGUGGCAGCAAAACGACAGGGCAACAGUGUGGAAGAAAGAUUCCCCCAAAGCCAGACCUGGGUACUUUGGCAUCGAACUGGAAAAUGGUGUUCAUGCUGAAAUGACCGUUACGAACCGGUCGGCUCUGUACCGCUUCAACUUGAAGGAUGUUAGCGAGCCUCUAAAUCCGGUUGUUCUUGUUGACUUGAUGGACCUUCCACAAUCGCGAUCGAAAGGCGCCGCCUCGGUGGAUCCGUCUACUGGGAGACUUACUGGAAAUGGCACGUUCAAUCCCAGUUUCGGGCAAGGGACUUAUAACCUACAUUUUUGUGUCGACUUCAAAGGCGCCGCAGUUCGCGGGACAGGAUCCUGGAACAGGAACUCGGUGACACCUGACCAAAACAGCAUCGACAUUGCAGAGGGUAACGCUGUACGCACAGACUCGGCUGGGAUGUAUACGCGAUUCGAUGCUAUAGAAACGAACGGCUCUAUUCUUGCGCGAGUGGGCGUAAGCUUCAUUAGCGUGGAACAAGCCUGCGGGAAUGCGGAGAAAGAGCAGCCCGACUUCGACUUUGCCAAAACUGUUUCUGCCGCAGAAGUGGCAUGGACGGACAAGCUGAAUGUGGUCAGUGUCGAUGCGGAUGAGGCUUCAACUGAUCUUCAGAAGGUUUUCUGGAGUGGAAUCUAUCGCACCAUGAUCAGUCCUCAGGACUACACCGGGGAGAAUCCCUUGUGGGAAAGCGAUGAGCCGUACUAUGAUAGCUACUACUGUAUCUGGGACUCAUACCGCGGGGUUCACCAGCUCUUAACACUAAUGGACCCGUAUUCUCAGUCCUUGAUGCUCCGGAGCCUUGUUGAUAUUUACCGUCACGAGGGAUAUCUCCCCGACUGCCGCAUGUCGCUUUGCAAAGGCUGGACUCAAGGCGGCUCCAAUGCAGAUGUCUUGAUCGCCGAAGCUUACCUGAAAAAAGUGGAGAAUAUCGAUUGGGACACCGCAUAUGAAGCCGUCGUCAAAGACGCGGAGGUCGAGCCCUCGAACUGGGAUGUGGAAGGACGAGGAGGCCUUCGCAGCUGGAAGAACCUUGGCUAUAUUCCCAAAAAUGACAUCGACACAGACGGCAAAGGGUUACACACCCGCAGCGUAUCUAGAACCCUGGAAUACGCCUACAAUGACUUUUGUAUCGCAGAGAUGGCCCAAUUGAUGGGUCAUGAUGAUGACUAUGAGAAGUACACACGGCGCGCGUCCAACUGGAAGAAUGUUUUCAAGAAAGAUCAGAAGUCAUACAUCAAAGGCGUGGAUACCAAUUUCACCGGCUUUGUUCAGCCCCGACUUACCAACGGCACAUGGGACUAUCAAGAUCCUAUAUUCUGCAGCCCUCUUAUGAACUUUGAUUCGUGCUACUUGAAUGCCAAUGGUCACGAGACAUACGAGGGCAGUUGCUGGCUCUAUACCUUCUACGCACCGCAGGAUAUGGGCUCUUUGAUCACAACCCUCGGCGGCCCAAAGAGCUUCACUACGCGGCUAAAUUAUCUUCACGAAUCCGGAGUCCUCUACGUCGGCGAUGAGCAAGCCUUCCUCACCGUCUUCCAAUAUCACUACGCAGGCCGACCCGCCCUUUCCACCAAACGCGCCCAUUUCUACAUUCCUUCUCAAUUCAACACAUCGGUCUCCGGAAUCCCCGGCAACGAUGAUGGCGGCGCGAUGGGCUCAUUCGCAGCAUUAAGCAUGCUAGGACUGUUCCCAGUCCACGGUCAAGAUGUCUACCUGAUCAGCGCGCCUUUCUUCAAGGAAAUCAGCCUCCGAAACAAAGUUACCGGGAAGAUCGCUACGAUUCGGAACCUCAAUUUCGACCCCAGCUAUAAGGCGAUCUAUAUCCAGAGCGUCAAACGGGAUGGUAAGCCGUGGACGAAGAAUUGGAUCGGGCAUGAUUUUUUUGCUGAGGGCGGUGUCUUGGAAUUGGAGCUGGGGACGAAGGAAAGUGCCUGGGGAACAAAGAUUGAGGAUUUGCCUCCUAGUAUGAGCGAGUAUCAAUGUCCUCCUUUGAUGCUGGGAAGGUGGGCUCUGUCGCGCCCGCGGCACAAUCUGCUCGGACUCCGCAACCGUAAAGUCCACGCCAGCUUGCACUGCCGGACCAUUACCAACAUCUCCCCAACCAGAGUCUCGAUCCACCAACAAAAGCAUCAUGUAAUUCACCCCAGCGUUCCCCGACAGCGUCGGGCGUUCUUCACAGAUGCCAUUCCCACCGUGCUCAUCCCACCCACCAUCUUCACCACCUUGCUUCUCGGUCUCUGGACUUGGAAAUGCUUCUGGAUCGUGGUCAUGCAGGACAAACUUCUAUACAUCGCAUGGCUGCCGCCGUUCGCGCGUUCUGAGAAAAUCACCGACUACGAAUCUCAAUGCAGUCCUGUGCAAUGGGAUGAGAAGCAGAUCCGGAGUUUAGAUGGGACAAAGCUAGCUGUUUGCGAGGGACGGAUGAAAAGCCCCCCUCCUCCCCACGGGGCCGCUACUACUACUACUACUACUACUACUACUAUUGAUAUGGCGAAUUCUCGCCACGGCAAUCCGGAGAUGGUCGCGAAGCGGAAAAAGCGCGUCAUGAUCUGCUACUUCCAAGGAAAUGGUGGAUCGACACCUCUCCGGCUCCCGUUGCUCUCGGAUACGCUGCGCACGGUGACGUCCGCGUCGCAGGACGACAACGUCGAAUACAUCGUGGUGGCUCUGUCCUACCGCGGAUACUGGACGUCGUCAGGCCGCGCGACGCAGUCAGGAAUCGAGCUGGACGCGCAGGCAUUCUUGGCCUGGGUCUCGAAGACUUAUGCCGAGCCGGACACGGACCUGCGGAUGAUUCUCUGGGGCCAUAGCCUGGGGUCAGCGGUUGCGAGUACCGCUCUCGCGACGUAUCUGGCUCGUCAGGGCGAUGGAAGAGGUUUCUCGGAGCCAAUGUCGAAAGGAGACGGUGAUGAGGCCGGGGUGGUGCCAAUCACUGGGCUGGUUAUGGAGGCUCCGACGUCCAGCACAAAAGAUAUGUUGAUCAGCUUGUAUCCGCAGAAGUGGCUGCCGUAUCGGUAUUUGUGGCCAUUUCUCUGGAAUAACUGGGACAGCUCAGUCUCAUUAGAACGGAUGGCGGAAUGGAGGGAUCAGUGCCGAUGGGGAGAGGGUGGACCUGGCGAACAGAUGGUGGUGGUGGUGCCACGGUCGGGAAUUGCGAAGCCGAGACGGAUGACCUUUUCGCCGCCGCCCAUCCUUAUGCUGUCCGCUGAAAAGGAUGAAGUCAUCCCACCGCACGCAGCAGAUCAACUAGAGGCGGAUGCGAGGAGGCUAAAGCUAGUACUACAGAGAAAGGAUGUGACAGGUGCCAUGCACACCGAGGCCUUGGUCAAAGUGGAAGGCAAGAGAGCGAUGAUGGAGUUUCUGCUUACGUCUACCUAG